AUGCAACGAACUUUAAAUCCAACCUGUACUGGUACUUCGGUAAUUGCUCUACAGUAUGAAAAAGGUGUUGUAAUUAUGACAGAUCGUGUCGUGUCUUAUGGAAAAACUGCCCGGUACAAGAAUGUUUCUCGACAAUAUAAAGUCAACAACAAUAUGAUUAUUGCUUUUGGAGGCGAUCACGCAGACUUCCAAUGGCUUCAAAAUGUCAUUGAGAGACAAGUCUUGGCGUGGAAAAUGAUUGGACAAGACCUCUCACCCAAGGCUCUCCAUGGGUAUCUAACAAGUCUGAUGUAUGCCAGACGUACUCGUAUGAAUCCUUUAUGGAAUACUCUGGUAGUCGCUGGUGUAGAAGAUGAGGAGAAGAACAACAAGGAAUCGAGUACUCCCUUCAUUGGUGUAAUCACCCAAAAGGGCGUAGCCUAUCAGACUAAGCACGUUGCUACUGGCAUUGCUGCUAUGCUCCUAAAUCAAGCCGUUGAAGAUGAGUGGAAGAAAAAGGGCGACAAACUUACACGGGCUGAAGCUGAGGCUUUAGUGCGCAAAGCUUUGGAGCUCACAAUCUAUCACGACUGCUGUGCAGAUAAUGACUUUGAAAUCGGUGUAGUUGACGCUGAGGAUGGGGUUACAUUGGGCAAACAGGAAACGAUCAUCGGAGACUGGAGCAUUGCUGAAACCAACUGUCAAUAUGAAUGA